AUGCACAAAUUUGUGGUUGCCCUUCAAGCUUCAAUCGCGGCGGCGAUGUACGACGUGGUAACAGCUGAACGUUUGGAAUAUAUUGACAAUCCAUAUCUGAACUUCUCCUCGGGGUUGAAACGAUAUAGCAUCAGAGACGGUGUGGAGACCGCGGCACGGAAUAGACUGUCAUGUUCGGACGUGUGUGUAUCUCUUGUUAUGCUUUGGGCUGCGGCGGGUAGUGCAAGGGCCCAUCACUCGCAUCAUGUCAGCGACUGUCCGAAAAACCAAAUUGACCCGCUUGGUCUGUUGAUAUUCCUCUCUAAGCCCGCCAUCCAGUCUACCGGGCCAGCCACCUGGACUCCCAGACUUUCGGAGUAUGAGUGCUUCUUACAUGACUCGCCAGCGAACGCGGGUGUGGAGACCAUUCGUGCAGAUAUUCCCCCAUGGAAGUCUCGGUUCCAGGGCUUUCAUCAAGAUCGAGGUAGUAGAUGA